AUGAAGAACUCUCUCAUUGCUCUUACUCUCAUCGGUGCCGCGGCUGCCCGCCCGGCUACCCUCAAGACCAAGCGUGAGGUUCCCCAGGAACACGCUCACCGCAACGUCAUCAUUGCCGUCAACGAUUUGUUGUUCCAGAACAACCCAGACGACAUUCAGGACGGUGUCUUUGCUCUCCUCGGAGCUGCUGCUGCCGCUGAUGGUGCUGGAGACAUCGCUGAUGCCGACUGCCUCCAGCAAGCCGUAGCUGACCAGGCUUUCACCAACGCCAAGGAGGCCGGUGAUGUCGAGGGCAUGACCAUGGCUCUCAUCUACCGUGCUCUGGAACGCAACACAGGCUCUGUCGGCCUGGCUUCCGUUCCCUGCGAGUCCAUCCAGGCUGUCAACCCUGAGAUCGCUGCGCUCCAGCAGCACCAGGACCCUGCCAGCGAUGGAGCUGCAGAGCUCAACAAGGGAAUUGCUGAAGAGCUUGCUCGCCAGAUUGCCGCUGUCGGUGGAGACCCAUUGAUGGCCAACGAGGCCUCGACUUUCGCGCCCGGCGAGAUUGGCGACCCAACCGGUGCCGGCAACACUUGCGACGACGAGAACGAUGAUGCGGGAUGCAUCAACACCCAGAACCUUCGUGUCGAUGACCUCACUGAAGAUGAGAUCGCCGCUGCGGUCGCUGGUGUCAGUGGAGCUGCUGCUGGCAACGCCACUGCCGCCGCUGGUAACGCUACCGACAACGCUGCUGCCAACGUCGGUAACGCCAACAACAAUGCCAAUGCGGGCAACAACAACGCCGCUGCUGGUAACGCUGCCGCUGGCAACAACGCUGCUUCCGGUAACAACGCCUCUGCUGGUAACAACGCCUCUGCUGGUAACAACGCCUCUGCUGGUAACAACGCCUCUGCUGGUAACAACGCCUCUGCUGGUAACAACGCCGCUGCCGGUGACGCUGCUUCCGGUGCGGGUGCCGCCUCGUUCGGCGGCUGCGACCCUACCAUCACCUUUGGUCUCCCCUCCGACGGCCGCCAGGAGGAGGCCUUCGAGCCCACUGAUCUCGCCACUUUCAACCACGGCUCAGCUCAGAAGAUCGACAUCAUCUCCCAGUUCAUCUGCUCGCAGAUGUCCAACAAGUGCGAUGUAGACGCCGCGGCUGUCAGCACCUGCGAUGAUGCUGCGGCUGCUGCUUCAGGCCUUACAGGUCAAGCCGCUGCUGAUGCUUUCAACUCUGGUCUUGGUUUGUAG